AUGAAAAACGAAAGGAAAAACGAGUUGGACUCGCGCACGAAGGGCUGCGUUCCUAUAUCUAUCUCUUCUCAAGGCCAAAGGUUCGGCCAAGGACAGUUCGAGCAAGUCUACAACGAGCGACACGGAACGCUGCGUGUCGUGAGCAAACGCGCGGGAGGGGCGCGGCGCGACGCGGGCAAGCGAGGCCGCGGGCAGGCGCGGGAAGGGCUCGACGCGGGGAGGGCGCGACGCGGCGCGACUGCAACAUUCGGCUUCCAG